AAUCAAUUAAAAUAUAAAGCAUUAAAUAUUUGACUUUUAAAUAUUUUGUGACUUUAAUAUAAAAAUAAAAGUACGAAUAUUUGGUGUUAAAAAUGGGACUGGAUAGAGUCCUCGGCAACAGCUCCAAACAAUAUGUCUGCCGCAAUGGAAAAUUGUGCAUUGCAUCUGCCUUUCUUUAAGUGCUAAAAAUUAAACUACACAGGAUAAGACCAUGGAAGGCGAUACAUUGGGUGUGCGAGUACUGCCACCUGUUUUGGAAUUUUUUGAUACAGAACCAAAUAAAGUGUACCAUCUGAAUGUCACUGUUACAAAUGUUGCCAAAGACAGCAAAAAGAUUCGUUAUUAUAAAUCAAAGUGUGAGAAUUUUACUUUGAAAGUGAAAAAUCCAGAAAUUCCAGUAGCACCAGGACUAGGUGUUUCAGCUGUAAUUGAAUUUAGAACCACAGAAGAUCGAGAAAUAAAGGCCAAGAUUCAAGUUACUGUCAAUGAAGAUGUUCUUGAAAUACCACUACAUGCUUACCCAUCACGGGCAGUCCUAAAAUUGGCUGAAAUUGUUGAUUUUGGAAGUGCUGUUGCAAACUGUAAAGUCAUUGCAAAAGAAAUAGUACUGUACAAUGAGGGAUCAAAAUCAGGAGAGUUUGAACUCAAGUAUGUUGGUUCCAAACCAAUCACAAUCAAUCCAAACAGUGGAAGCAUACCACCGAAAAGCCACAAAAGAAUCAAGGUGGAAUAUAUGGCUGAAGAAACAGGAACAUUUGAUGAAGAGGCAGUAGUGAAGCUACAAGAUCAAUUUCCCAAAACAUUACGAAUCAAAGGACAGAUUGUUCACCGGGGUCUUGAGCUUCUGUCAAUUGACAAUGAAAAGCCAGUGCCAUGUAUCAAGUUUGGCAGCACAUACUACGGCACGGACAUGACACAGUGUGCCUUGUUGUUCAAUAAUGGACCGGAACUCAUUAAUUUUGUGGCUGUUCUCGAUGAGGAUGCCAUUGGACAGGAAUUGGGUGUUGAUCUGACGCGGUCCACGGCUGCGACUCUGGCUCAGGGGGUGGAUACUCGCAGUCGGAAGGGAGAAACCAAUGUGUUAACAUCUCUGAUCACGGCAAUACCCAACCAAGGAGUACUGAGACCGUACCAGAAGAUACCUAUUUUCUUCAGAUUCAGUCCCAGGUGGCAUGCAUCUAAAGAAGGAUGGAAAGGACAAGUUAAUUCACCUCCGAGAAAAGACUUUGUCAUUUUUAUGAGACUGGAGAUUGUAGGAUCACACAAAGGGUUUGGUGAAGGAGGUUCUUCCAGCAAUGAUGGAAAUUUUGCAGAAGUUUCACUGACAGGCACAGCGCUACCUGUUAUGUUAUCAAUAGCUCCCACUUACAAAUAUGACUUUGGGGAGGCCUCUGUGGGAGAAAGUGUGGAUGUGCUAUGUACAGUCAACAAUGAAUCCACAAUGCUGCCGGCAACAUUCGUGUUCCGUCACAUUGCACACUUCAAUGUUCACCCUUCGAACGGAUUCAUAAACCCAGGACAGUCUCAAGAUGUGAUAUUUUCAUUUUCUCCAAACCAAGUUGGCACCUUCAAGUCACAGCAGUUGGUGUAUGUGAUAGGCCACGUGGCAGACGAUCACAAUCCCACCCUGUGUCACCCCGAAGUCAUUUCCACGUUGAUCGUCAAAUUUGUGGGAUGUAGCAAGUCCGUCACCAAGAAGCCGUGUCCUAAAUUUAAUCCAGGCAUCACUCCAUUAAUCACCAAUGAAGUGGGAUUGUUCGUGGAGACGACAUUUUCCAAGCUGGAGAAAGAAAAGCCACGGAAUGCAGUUCUCUGUUCCACAAAGUCAAAGCUUCACCAUCUGAAAACUGCAUCGGCUACUGAUGAUUCUGAUGUCCGGGUGGCAUUCCCAAAUGACAGAACACACAGUAUCAGACCAACUGACAGAAAAGAAACAUAUAAGACAAUUUUCACAAAGCGAGAACGCCACCAGUUUGUUGAUCCGGACUAUUCAUACACUGACGAGGAGAUGACAGAUCGACAUGCUCACCGAUUCAAGUACAUCAACCUGUUCAAGGAACUCAGGAACAGGAGAAUCACCAAACAGAAAACAAAGGAGUUUUGGCAGACAAACAACCCAUUGGACAUUGGAAUUACAAAUGCAUCUGGUCUAACACCCAAGGAGCUCAAGCUAGGAGACAUCCAACAGAAUCAAACAGUUCCUGAACCUCCAAAUGUUGAUUGGAAACUUUUGAGCACGAAGCAGCUGAUAAGUGUGGAGAAAGACACCAUGUCAAAGCCUGUGCGUGAUGGGUUGAAUGCUCUACCUACCACUCAGCGAGAGAAAAAGGAUUGUAUCCAAAUUCUUAGUCCUCAACAACUUCACCAACUUGUCAUUGGACCUCCUGUUAUUGACUUUGGUAAAGUGUGUUUGAAGUCGACCAAUCAGAAGCACCUGAACAUUGUGAACAACCUCAACCAAUACAUCCAUGUUGUCUCUGAGAUUGACUCACGAGAAUUAAGACAGAGCAGCCCAUUGUCUCAGGUUGUUCCUCCAAGGUCAAAAGCCACCAUUCCUAUCCUGUUUGAAUCCAACACAAAGGGAAAAUUCCAAAGAUCAGUCAUGUACACAGUGAAUGGUUUCUACAAACAUCAUGUGACCAUCGUGGCAGAUGUCGUUCCCAUCUCUCUGGAGCUGUCUACGGAAAACCUCAUUCUUCACCCAUCAUUGGGCAUGCCUGCUGAAUCUGGUUUCCGAGGAGUCAUCACUCUUUAUAACCGCAUGAACUACCCGGCAGAGUUCACUUGGUCUCCAAACAUUGGGGAGAAAGGAACAGCAUUCUCCAUCAGACCAGCUGCAGGUAUAGUGAAUGCGUUCACUGAUCUGGAUUGUGAAGUGGUUUGGCACCCAUCGUACAUGGCACCCGAGGACGGAUCUUUCACUCUCAUCUGUCAUGGUGGCAACACAUUGCAGUUCAACUGUCGUGCUGUGCUUGGGUCCACAAGUAUUCAGUUCGUGGAAAGGAGAGUGGCAUUUGGCCCAGUACCAGUGAACCUGACUACUGUACGCACUGCACUGUUGACCAACACAGGCCACAACCAUGGGUAUUUCCAGGUGUUGGAUCCAAAUCCAUUCCCAGGUCUGACAGUUAGCCCUGUCCAUGGAAUGGUUCCAGUGGGUGGGUUUGCUGAGCUGCGCAUUUCACUCAGUCCGGAUGCGGUACUUAAGUUUGACACACACAUACAGGUGGCGAUAAAAGGCUUCAGUACCAUUGAGCUGAGGAUCGGAGGAACAGUGGAACCGCCAUGUGUGGAAAUUGAUGUGCCGUCUUUCAAUUUGGGUGGUGUGUACUGUGGUUCUGGAUCAACUGUGCCAUUCCAACUGAUAAACCAGGCUGGAACAAAAGCAAAAGUUGAGUUUGACUUGGUUCGAUAUAAAGAUUUCAGUCUGGCCUUCCCAGGAUUCCAAAGUGCUGAUGAUUUCAACUACCAAAUACUGAACCCAGGAAUGUUCUCUGUCACUUUGGCUCCAAACGAAGCUGCAGAUGGGGAACUGACAUUCAUGCCCACUGAGGUGGCGGCUUAUGACUUUGUUAUGCCAGUGAUCAUCAACCAUAUAGGAGCUCCAUCACCUGCUCCUACCCCGUUUCCCCCCACUCCUGCGCCGUCACAGAAGAACAGUCUCCAGCAUAUCAUCAACCCAAGACCGCAACCCUUCACCGUGGCAACACCGCGCAAACAUGUCAUCGCAACGGCUCUGCGACAGCCACUUCAACUGUCUACCAACCGGAUUGAGUUCUCCCUGCCAACUGGAUUUAAUGACAUUGUCAUGAACACUGGAAUAGGCCAGAAAAAGAGUAUCAUUGUGGUGAAUCACAGCAAUAAGGAACUCACCUGGGGCUUCGACCUGUCCAGACCAUCGAAGGCUCUCAACGAAGGCAUCAUAAAGUUUGUCCAUCCAUCUGGUGUCCCAUUCACGCCACAGUCGGACAGCCCUAGCCGCGGCAUCCAAGGGAAGCUUGAUCCUGGACAGACCCAAGAAAUUGCUGUAGUGUACUGUCCAAUGGAUUCUGGACAGUCGGAGUGUGUGAUACCAAUUGUGGUGAACGGUGACUGGGAUAAACCGUACCAGUACCUGCAGGUGUACUGUCAAGUGAGUUCACCAAAGAUCUGGUUCCUCCCACCGGCUGCGGGCCUGACACCAGCUCCCCUCAAGACAGAGGUCUCAUUCGAAUUCAACAUUCUGUGCACACAAUACAAAGAGCAAAGCAAGCUGAGUUACGAGCUCCCCGAAGUUGAGUGUGAAGAUGGCAGUAAGAUUUCACCGCUCACACUCACGUUCCCUGAUGGAGAAGACAUCAAGCCUUGUUGUGGAGAGGAUGGCCACAUUGACCCAUGCAGUAUUAGCUGUAUUGUGACCUUUUCCAGCCCCAAACCGGUGUCAUUCUCAAAGCCCAUCAUAUUCAAAGACGAGGAAGGAAAAAGUUUUUCAAUGAUGGUCACUGCCACUGCUGACAACUGCUUGCUUACAUGUUAUCCUUUCCUGGCCUUACACAGAGAUGACCACAAGAUUGUCUGUGAACAGGGUUCCUACCCGAAAGGCCACCGGUUGCAGCCUGCGACAGUGAGCAUUAAAGACAACAACAGUGUUGGUGAGGCGGUCUUUGUGCCAUGUGGGUCUCCGACGCGACUCAACAGCCGACCGAGCACCAGCGCCACCAGCUCCAACUUCCAGGUGUCAUCGUCGAGCUAUGAAACAGAUAGCAUUUCAGAUUCGUGCGUCAGCACUCCGAAGGUGCGAGAUGGAGCAAUGAACAAACCGCCGUCUUGCUCGGAUCACAGCAGUCACAGUCCGAUUGAUGCAGCAUCUCGCAUGCUGGGUUCUGUGAUGUUCCCCGACGAGGACACUGAGGAGGGAAUAUUCCACAUGGAGGUGUUGCUAGCAGUCCAGCGAUGGUUCUCCUCCCUCGGCUGGGCUGGCGGACCGUUCCCGAUUACCAUACCAGAGUCGUUGAGAGUGGCCAUCUCUCACAAAAUGAGUGACAGGGAGCCAAGGGAGAAGGGUAUGAACAGUGACUACACCACGAAGAAGGACUGCAAGACUGUAUACGACAUGAUGAACAAUCUGAGUGGGCGACCGGUCCCGGGCAUUCCAUUCAACUCAUCGCUGCCAUCCGACCCCAUUGAACGAGUCAAAGAGAUUUACUGGCGCCACUCAACACUGCUGACCUUCCUCAAAUGCCAAGGUGCGUGUGUGGCAGCUAUACGUCCAGAGCACCUGAUGCCACCACCAGAUUAUAGUCUGUGGAAACAGCUUCAGGCUCAGCUCAAGCAGGAACAGCAACAUCAGCAACAAAGUGAGCAACUGCAACAACAGCAGCAGGCUGAGCAACAGCAACAAGAACAACAGCAGCAGCAACAACAGCAGCAGGUCCAGGGCAGCGAUACAGUCACAGAGAUAGAGUCUGUGUAUGAGGAGGAGCUGGAGGAGGAUAUCUUUGAAGCAGUCUCCAAGCGAGCCUGGACAGACGUCCUCUUGCAGACACUCAAGUGUUUAGUACUGGUCAAAGUAACCCCAAGGACACUGAAACACAUCCCAUCGCCAGACAAGACUGUGACUCUGCCAAACAUUAACCCAGACCCGCUGUCAAGCAAUAUUUAUUCUGUGGGGGAGAGGAUCAUUCUCACCUGGUUAAACCACAACUACGAACACUAUCGGACAUUGGUGUGGGAAAACUGUCCAAAAGGUGGCACGCCAGCAUCCAGAUGGAUUGUCAACUACGAUUUUGAUCUACUUGACGGUCUUGUUAUUGGAGCUGUUCUUGGAGCGCAUUUGCCAUUCCUGAUCCAAACUCACCUGGAACACAUGUACACGCACCCUGCAACAGCUGAACAGUGUCUGCACAAUGCUCUCUGUGUCGUCAAUGCCAUGCGAUUAGUGGGAAUCGACUAUGACAUUCAAGCCAUUGAUAUCACAGAUCCAAACCCUGUAGCACUUCUUCUACUGUGUAUUCACUUGUAUCAGCGACUGCCGCAGUAUCUGCCUAAAGCAAGCAUCGAGUUCACUGGAGCACUGCACAGUACAGUCACCAGACAGGUUAAACUGAGCAACCCGAGUCACAAGGCGCUGAUGUAUCAAGUACUUGUGGCCGGACACGACGCGAGGGACUUCCGCGUGCCAAGGGGUGACCACGUGACCGUGUCUGCCAGGAGCACCUUGUCGCUGUCGGUGGAGUUUGUCAGCCGGUUCCUGCGUCCUGCGGAAGCCAUCCUCGUCCUGGUGGGUCGCAGGCAGGGCUCGGCCGUGGGAACGACUCUCACUUUCAACCUGCGCACGCAGAUUGACAACAUCGUGCCAAAGGAUGUUUUCAAAGUUGAGUCUCCAUGUUACGAACUGGAGCGUAUUAUGAUUGAUGUGACCAACCCGUUUGACGAGGCGGGCAAGUUCCAGGUGGUGUUGGUGGAGGCCAGUGUCGAUCUGCCAGACCCCAACAAGACCUCACUGCUGAGUAAGCCGAAACCCCCCACGAAAAAGAAGGUCUUGUCGAAGAUCAAUCACGGACAAGGUCAUUCGCAGACACCAGACAGUUUACAUCCCGAUGUGAUCAGCAACAAGGACUUGCUCAACGGAAGGAAAAACCAAGAAGAUUCCUCAGUUCUGAGUGCGUUCUUCAGCCCAAUGACUCACGUGUACCUCAAAGCUCACGCCACCGCUGAGGUGGAGGUCCACUUUCUGCCAUUCUCUGUGGGCAGUCGCCAGUGCUCUGUGAUCUUCCUGAAUGAGAAAAUUGGCGAGUUCCUGUACUCAAUCGAAGCCAAGGCAUUGCUGCCUCUGCCGUCCGUUCUGCCGUUUGUGCCCACUGCACACAGUGUGCGGAUCAGUAGUGCCGCUGCUGCUGGUACUGGUAAAGGAAUGUUUGGCGGAGACGAGCGCGUGAUCUAUUGGAAGUGUGAAGCAGGACAGAUGUUGAAGGAGAAACUUCUCAUACCAAUCACAAACAUGGCCAAAGAGAGGGCGUUAAUCAUCGCCGCCCAGCAGCACAUGUCUGAUGUUGAGCUACAGCGUCGCCAUGUGACAGGAACUCUGAUGAGCUGCAGUGUCACAGCCAAAACUAUCAAGAUGUUGUCAUCAAAUCCAGACGCAAUCAUCAAGCAGUUCAAGAAAAAGACACCCGGAGAAUUGACGUACGCUGUAGAAGUGAAUGCAGAAUUCUUCCAGCUGCCAGAAAAGAUACGUCUGCCCAGUGUUCUGGAGUCAAGGUCUCACAGCGCACCUCCUGAUGUGAAGGUACCCAAAGAUGUCAACCUGGAUGAUGGAGUCGUAGAACUGCCAGUGACGUUCAAGGCCAACGAUCCGGGUCACUACCCAUGUGAGCUAGUGCUGAAGUCAUCGGACGAUGUCCGUGUGUACCGCAUUGAGUGCACCGUCAACCCACACGGCAGCACUCUGGAGAUGUCCUUUGUGACCCCCGUCCACCAGUCAGUCACACAGAAGAUACCCAUUAUUAACAUGACAAACCACGAUUGGCAGCUGCAUUCUACUUUGUCGGGCGAGGGCUUCUUUGGCCCACCAUCACUGUUUGUCAAGGCCAGCCAAACAGCCAAGUACCCACUCAGCUUCAAACCUCUCUAUGAAAAAGAAAUACAGGGUAAGCUUGUUCUGUCCAAUAUUGAUGAUGGGACGGACCAUACGUUUUAUCUGAAAGGAAAAGCUGACAAACCACUGGCUCUUGACAACAUCAAACUGGACUGCCAGGCCAAGAAUAGCGUAUCAUACACAGUGAGAGUUCCGAAUACGACAGGUAAGAAGAUGGUGUACCACGUUACCUCGGACCUUCCAUUCGUGACUGGAAAGCAGACAGUAACCGUGCUUGCAGGUGACACUGGAGUCUACGAGAUUGUGGUCACUCCCAAGAAACGCGGUGUGUACAAGGGAAUCUUGACACUGAUGGCAGGCAGAAAAGCAGCGGUUGAGGUUGACAGUGAUGGUGAUGACGUCAGUUCAGAGGAUGAUGAGAGGCGGGAGUACGAUGGCUACAGGAUCUGGUAUUCCCUUGAAGUGAAUGUCACGCCACCACCGCCAGAACGAUACCUCGAAAUCGGCUGUCAUUGCCUGCAAAAGGCUGCGUUAGAUGUUCUGGUGAGGAAUCCGACAAUUGAAGAAAUAACGUUGGAAGCGUCUGUACAAGGACAAGAUCUUUCCGGCCCAGACUCCGUCACAAUUCCCGUGGGGGAGAAAACUGCUUACAGUUUAACCUUUGCACCGACUAAGGUUGGAACUCAGCAUGGCAGUUUGGUGUUCUACAAUGAUUUGGUUGGAGAAUUUUGGUAUGAGUUGAUCCUUGUUGCUCAGCCACCAGCACCAGUCACCCUCGAACACAUGGAUUGUGAGCUCGGAAGAUGGACCAAGCAGAUGAUUGUGUUAGAAAACCCAAUAGAUGAAAUGCUGGAGCUUGUCAUAACCAUUUCUAAUGCCAACAACUUUUUCCUGGAACGUGACAAUGAGCGUCCAAUUGUUCUGGGUCCGCGUUCGAAAAUUGAACUCAGUUUGCACUUCAUGCCUUCAACCCUUGGCAAUAAAGACCACAGUGCUCAAAUCACCUUCACAAGCCGACAGUUUGGUGACUGGGUGUUCUUUGCGUCGGGCACAGGGCUUCUGCCUCAGCCCCAGGAUGCCGUGAGCGUAUUCACUGACGUCGGCUCCAACACCACUCUGAUCAUACCAUUCCGAAACCCAUUCGAUGUGGCCAUCUUGGCCGAUGUGGUGCUCACAGAUAUGGAUUCACAGAUGGAUGCUGACGAAAUGGAUAAUAGGUCACCAUUCAGUUUGCUCCUAAAGCACAGCAUAUCCAUUCGCAUUGGGCCCAAAUCUGUCCUUGAUAUCCCAAUUAGUUUUGCUCCAAGCAAAAUGCACAAGUACGAAAGUGUUGCUGCUGUCGUGGUGCUCCGAGAAGACGGCUUGGACUGGCCAUGUAUUCCACCCAAUGACUGCGAAUAUCCACGACCUGGUGCAGACGCCAAUGGUAUGAAGGAGAUCCGAUGGUUGUUCCCGAUAAAGGGCAUCCCAGAAUCAAAGCCCCUUGGAGCGAACCAGGGGCCGGUCAUUGAGUGCUGUUGUCGCAAGCAGCUCGCCAUGCGACUGGAGGUAUCUCUGGCUGGAGCGGCCGUUAACCCUGCAGGACAGCACAAACCCAUUCACACAAGACCGAUCACUCCCAAAGAUAUGGAUCCAGGUGUUCCAGACGGCAUUGUUAUAGGACAAACAUUAGCAACAACAGAUGAGUUUAGUUUUGAGUUGUCUUAUCCAAAUGAAGAUGUGAAGAAACUUGUACACAACUGCCUGGAGCUGAAUCUGAUUCGACAGCACCGAGACACGCUGAGUGGGCUGGUCAUUCUGGUGUUCGACUUGUCUUUUAAACCUCUCAAACCAUUGAGUUGUAUUGCGGAGCUGCGUGUCACAGGAGCACGUGGAGGUCUGUGGAAAUAUGCCCUACGUCUCAUUGCCUCGGAGGCUCCCGUUGACGACACUGUCAUGAUAGAGGCCACCGGUCUCAACAAAGUGUCUGCCGUUGGCUUCAAACUUAACAGUCAUUUGGGACAUCCGGUCGAGUAUAUGGCUUUCUUCGAGUCUGGUAGUGACCCAGAGUUCAACGUCACCCCUCAGUUGGGGGAACUUUUACCAGCAGAACAAGAGGGAACUCAGUUUGUUGUCGACUUCCGACCAGCUGUAUACGGCAAACUCUAUCAGGCAAAACUUGUCAUACAGACACCAGACAUGCAGUGGAGCUAUGGUAUUAAGGGAGUUCUUCCAGAGUACGCUCCACCGCGCGGAAAAUCAUCACGACCAAUCGCUGGACCACAUCCCGAUCCACGGAUGAGAGGAGAACGCGUCAGCUACAUCAGUGAGAACCUCAAACUAACGACCACCGCAGUGUCUUCACCCAUCAAGGGGGCACCACUCUUGGCUACAAACAAAGUACACUGAGAUAAACGGCUAUGCACCUAAAGACUGUUUUAAAUAUGUGGUGAACUAUUGUGCAAACUGGUGUGAUACACUGUUUAAAAUAUGUAUCUUGUGUUUGUGAUCAAAAAUGUGUGAUACGGAAUUUGUAAAUUGAUGAACCUCGUCUUUUGUGCUUGUGAUUCAAUAUGUUUUGUGUAUUGGGAAAAACUUUAUUGGUGUGUGGAGGAUAAGACUUUUUUUUAUGCACAAUUCUGACAUUGAAAUCUGUUCAAAAUUUACUUUUAUUGAUUACCCGUUUGUCAAAUAUGUGUGUAAAUUUUAAAAUUAUUUAAACUGUUGUUUCCUCAUAAUGACAAGCAACAUGAUGAAAUUAAUUUUUAUUUAAAAGUUGUUCUGUUUUUAACUAAUUAAAUAGUCAUCUCAGGAUGCUCUCAAAAUUAUUUUCAUAUAUUCCUAAUAUCAAUUUAUAAAUACGGUGAAACACUUCUAUACCGGGCACCCUCGGAACCAAGUAGACCUGGGGCCUGGGGCGUAGCCAGAGAGGAAAAAAAUGCUGAGCAAACCCAGACCUGUAAAAUAAGUAUCAGUGUCAUGGGAAAAAUAUAAUAAAUUGGGGAAUUUCCAGACGAGGCAAGUGCCUCAUCUGCCUCAUGCUGGCCACGCCAUUGUAAAAAGGGACAAUGAAAGACGUUUCACUGUACUUAAAUUGUUAUGUUUGCUUCAUUAUGCAGAAACUGUGAAAGAGACCGUUUUAAAUCACAGAUUGUUAUGAUUAUUUUUAAUUCUUUAUAACUUUACUAUCUUCGUUUACCUCAGGCAGGUUGCUA